AUGGCUACCGCUGCAAAACAAGCCCCAAAAACUGGCUCCAAAUCCUCCGCAGGGGCCUCGGGGGCGGCUGCUACCCCCGCGGCCCCUCCGGUCAUCCCGCUGGCCUCGCCUCUCAUGGGGAAGAAGAAGAAGCCGUUCCUGGGGAUGCCCGCGCCGCUGGGAUACGUGCCUGGUCUGGGAAGAGGUGCAACUGGCUUCACCACUCGGUCUGAUAUCGGUCCCGCUCGAGACGCCAAUGAUCCGGUGGAUGAUCGCCAUGCUCCUCCUGGGAAGAGGACAGUUGGGGACCAAAUGAAGAAAAGCCAAGAGGAGGAUGAAGAAGAUCUCAACGACACAAACUAUGACGAGUUCAAUGGAUACGCAGGCAGCUUGUUUUCCAGUGGGCCUUAUGAGAAAGACGACGAGGAAGCAGACAUGAUCUAUGCCGCUCUAGACAAAAGGAUGGAUGAAAGACGGAAAGAAAGAAGGGAACUGAGAGAAAAAGAAGAAAUUGAGAAAUAUCGUAUGGAGCGUCCCAAAAUCCAGCAGCAGUUUUCAGAUUUGAAGAGGAAGUUGUCAGAGGUGUCAGAGGAGGAGUGGCUGAGCAUCCCUGAAGUGGGAGAUGCCAGAAACAAGCGCCAGAGGAACCCUCGUCAUGAGAAGCUCACCCCGGUCCCUGACAGCUUCUUCUCCAAACACUUGCAGACCGGACAGGACCACACGAGCGUGGACCCUCUGCAGGGGCUUGGAGGACUGAACACUCCGUUUCCUGGCGGCAUGACUCCUGCUUCAGGAGAUCUGGACAUGAGGAAGAUCGGUCAGGCCAGAAACACUCUGAUGGACAUGAGGCUCAGCCAGGUGUCCGACUCGGUGAGCGGACAGACUGUGGUGGAUCCUAAGGGCUACCUCACUGACCUGAACUCUAUGAUCCCCACACACGGAGGAGACAUCAGUGAUAUUAAAAAAGCCAGACUGCUGCUUAAGUCUGUGAGGGAGACCAACCCUCAUCACCCUCCCGCGUGGAUAGCAUCUGCCAGACUGGAGGAGGUAACGGGGAAACUUCAAGUGGCCAGAAACUUGAUUAUGAAGGGCACAGAGAUGUGUCCUAAGAGUGAGGAUGUGUGGCUGGAGGCUGCCAGGCUGCAACCAGGCGACACGGCCAAGGCUGUGGUGGCUCAGGCAGUUCGCCAUCUUCCAGGGUCAGUGCGAAUCUACAUCAGAGCUGCUGAGCUGGAAACUGACGUCAGAGCCAAGAAAAGAGUCCUGAGAAAAGCUCUGGAGAAUGUGUCCAAAUCAGUGCGACUGUGGAAGACUGCCGUGGAGCUUGAGGAGCCAGAAGAUGCUAGAAUCAUGCUGAGCAGAGCUGUAGAAUGCUGUCCUACAAGUGUGGAGCUUUGGCUCGCUCUGGCUCGGUUAGAGACCUAUGAAAACGCUCGCCGUGUUUUGAACAAAGCUCGAGAGAACAUCCCCACCGACCGCCACAUCUGGAUCACGGCCGCGAAGCUGGAGGAGGCCAACGAGAACACGCAGAUGGUGGAGAAGAUCAUCGACAGAGCCAUCACCUCUCUGCGAGCCAAUGGAGUGGAGAUCAACAGAGAGCAGUGGAUUCAGGAUGCAGAGGAGUGUGAUAAGGCGGGCAGCGUGGCCACAUGCCAGGCUGUGAUCAGGGCGGUCAUUGGGAUCGGCAUUGAAGAAGAGGAUUGUAAACACACCUGGAUGGAGGAUGCAGACAGCUGUGUCGCCCAUGGAGCGCUGGAGUGCGCCAGGGCCAUCUACGCUCACGCUCUCCAAGUUUUCCCCAGCAAGAAAAGUGUUUGGCUCCGGGCUGCAUACUUUGAAAAGAACCAUGGCACAAGAGAGUCUUUGGAGGCCCUUCUGCAGAGGGCUGUGGCUCACUGCCCCAAAGCUGAGGUGCUGUGGUUGAUGGGAGCCAAGUCCAAAUGGCUGGCUGGAGAUGUGCCCGCGGCCAGAAGUAUUCUGGCUUUGGCUUUUCAGGCAAACCCAAACAGUGAAGAGAUCUGGUUGGCUGCAGUCAAACUGGAGUCUGAAAACAAUGAGUACGAACGAGCACGUCGACUUCUGGCCAAGGCCCGCAGCAGCGCACCUACGGCUCGGGUCUUUAUGAAGUCUGUAAAGUUAGAGUGGGUUCUUGGAAACAUCGAAGCCGCCCAUGACUUAUGCACUGAAGCUCUCAAACACUACGAGGACUUCCCCAAACUGUGGAUGAUGAGGGGUCAGAUCGAAGAGCAGUGUGAGAACACUGACAAGGCCCGGGAGGCGUACAACCAGGGGCUUAAAAAGUGUCCUCAUUCGAUGCCGCUGUGGAUACUGAUGUCUCGUCUUGAAGAAAGAGUGGGUCAGCUAACCAGAGCAAGAGCAAUUCUCGAAAAGGCUCGUCUCAAGAACCCACAGGCGCCUGAGCUUUGGUUGGAGUCGGUAAGACUAGAAUUCCGGGGUGGAUUGAAAAACAUUGCAAGCACAUUGAUGGCAAAGGCCCUGCAAGAGUGUCCAAAUUCAGGUAUUCUGUGGUCUGAGGCUGUGUUUUUAGAGGCUAGACCCCAGAGGAAAACCAAGAGUGUGGACGCUUUGAAGAAGUGUGAACACGAUCCUCAUGUGCUGCUGGCUGUGGCAAAAUUGUUCUGGAGCGAGCGCAAGAUCACCAAAGCCAGAGAGUGGUUUCUCAGAACGGUGAAGAUCGAGCCAGACCUGGGAGAUGCCUGGGCACUUUUUUACAAGUUUGAAAUGCAACACGGCACAGAGGAGCAACAGGAGGAGGUGCGUAAGAGGUGUGAGAAUGCCGAGCCUCGUCACGGGGAGCUGUGGUGUGCAGAGUCUAAACAUGUCCUGAACUGGCAGAAAAACAUCGGAGAGAUUCUUACUCUAGUUGCCAGCAAGAUCAAGAACACUUUUUGA